ACCUGUUAAGACGUUGCCGGCUGCACAUAAGCCCUCACUUUGACUUCCAAGAACAAUAGAGUAAGAUCUCUGAUUCUGUUGGGGCACAAUGAGACUUGUACUUCCUAACCCCGGUCUGGAUGAUAGGAUCCCUUCCUUUGAAGAUCUGAAGAGAAUGGACAAGGAGGAAGGAGGAGACAGGCCCAAGUGGGACAACAAAGCCCAGUACAUCCUAACCUGUGUGGGCUUUUGCGUUGGAAUUGGCAAUGUCUGGCGAUUUCCUUACCUGUGUCAAAGUCAUGGAGGAGGUGCUUUUUUGAUUCCAUACUUGAUCCUUCUGGUGCUGGAAGGAAUGCCUCUCCUCCUGCUCGAGUUUGCCAUUGGCCAGCGACUCAGAAAAGGCAGUGUGGGAGUUUGGAGGGCCAUCAAUCCCUAUUUGACUGGUAUAGGUAUAGCCUCCAUGCUGGUGUCGUUAUUGAUUGGACUGUACUACAACACCUUAAUAGCCUGGAUCAUGUGGUAUCUCUUCAAUUCCUUUCAAAGCCCGCUGCCUUGGUCCCAGUGCCCCCUCAAUGACAAUGGGACAGGCUUUGUACCAGAGUGUCAACGUAGCUCAACUACGGAUUACUACUUUUACAGAGUAACUCUAAAUAGUUCGACCUCUAUCGUUGAAUCUGGUGGGAUUCACUGGCCCAUCGUAGUCUGCCUGCUAGCUGCCUGGACAGUCAUUUGUAUCUGUUACAUACGGGGGAUCAGCACCUCAGGCAAGGCGGUGUACGUCACAGCCAUCCUGCCUUACAUAGUGCUGGCCAUCUUCCUGAUCCGAGGACUGACUCUUAAAGGCGCCUUUACUGGAAUAAAGCACCUCUUUACACCUGAUGUUAAUGAAUUGGCAAAUCCAACAACUUGGCUGAACGCAGGUGCCCAAGUGUUUUACGCCUUCAGCUUAGCAUGGGGAGGCCUCAUCUCGUUCUCAAGUUACAACCCUAUUCACAACAACUGUAUGAAAGACGCAAUGAUCCUGACAGGUGUAACUGGCUUCACUUCAGUCUAUGCUGCCACAGUCACCUACACCAUUGUUGGCUUCAGAGCCACCGAGAGAUAUGACAACUGUAUCAGCAAUAACAUCCUGACAUUAUUAAAUGCAUUUGACCUUCCUGAAGACAGCAUCACUACCAGCAACUAUGAGGCAGCCUUUACUUGUUACAACAGCUCCAAUCCGGAUACUGUUCUUGGAUUGGACAUCAAACCCUGUGACAUGCAGAAACUUCUCAGUGAGGGAGUAGAGGGAACAGGUCUGGCCUUCAUUGUGUUUACAGAAGCCAUCACCAAGAUGCCUGGUUCUCCGGUUUGGUCUGUCCUCUUCUUCAUCAUGCUUUUCUGCUUGGGAGUCUCAAGCCUUUUCGGCAACAUUGAGGGGGUUGUUGUCCCACUGAAAGACCUGAAAUUGUUACCCCAAAAAUGGCCACAAGAAGCACUAACUGGAUUAACAUGUUUUAUCGCCUUCAUCAUCUCCCUCCUGUUUGCUCAGCAUUCAGGGCUAUAUUGGGUAACUCUCUUUGACAACUUUGCUGGAUCUGUUCCACUUCUGACUAUUGGAUUGUUUGAGAUGAUAGCUGUUGCUUACAUCUACGGCAUGGACAGGUUUAAUGAAGACGUAGAGUUCAUGAUUGGUUAUAAACCCUCCUUCUUCUGGCAGGCUUCACUGAGGUUCACGAGCCCUCUGAUCGUUGUGGUUAUUUUAGCUUUCUACCUGGUUACUCUAGGCCAAGAAGAGCUCACUUACUUAGUCUGGGAUCCAGAAUCUGAGAAGUUUCCAGCUCUGGCAUCAGUACCUUACCCUUCGUGGAUCAAUGCUGCUAUCUUUCUUUUGGCAGGAGUCCCCAGUCUGGUAAUGCCUGGGUAUGCACUUUGUAGGCUGGUCUAUGUGAGCUGCAAAAACAGAAUCCAGGGGAACAAUUAGACAAAUUCCUUAAAUCAAUUAUAAAAAAUCUUUAAUGAAGAACUCAAAUUCUAGGAUAUAUAAAUCUCCACUUUUUAAAAAUAUGUUUUUUUUUAUAUAUCCCAUUCUUCUUAAGCUUUGUUUGUCCAUCUGGGCAGGCUACAUUUUAUACUUUUCAAGAAGGUUUUCGCACAUCCAACUAUUCAUAAAG